AUGCCGCAACGCGGAUUCUUGGACCUGAGGUCCUGGUCAAAGGUCGGUUCCCACAUCGCCUUACUGAGAAUUGGCAAGUCGUACAAUGAAUAUGAGCGUGACGUUAGAGCACAGGAGAGGAAACUCACAAGCUGUGAGAUGAGGGUCCUGAGAAGAGCAGCUGGCAAAACAAAGAGAGACAGGUUGAGGAAUGAAGUGGUUAGAGAGUUGGUGGGAACCAAACCUGUCUUACAGUUCAUCGCCAAGCAGAGAGUGCAGUGGUUUGGCCACCUGAUGAGAUUGCCAACCACGCAGCCAGCGUUACGAGCCUACACAACCAGGCACUCAGGUGUCAGGGCAAGAGGAAGACCACGCCGCAGGUGGACAGAGGGAGUGGCAGAGACUGUCCGUGCACAUGGCCUGACUCUUCUGGGGGCUACACACCUGGCUCGAGACAGAUGCCUACAUCUCCCCGCGACGCCCCCCCAGGCAUAA